GGGGGGGGAGUGGAAAGGAAGGGGGCCUGGUAAUGAUGGGCCUGGAUAAACGGUGCAAUGCGAGUGCAAGUGUAAUGUGGAGGGUCCAGGGUCGUUAUUUAGCUGCGCUGGAGACCCAUCCUUCAGUCAGAGGAGUUGUCCACCAGCUAGCUAUUCCGGAACAGGUAUGGGGGGAGAUGAAGAAGUCUGGAAGAAAUAAAUUAAAGCAGGGAGAAGGGGGGCGGAAGAGAAUGAAAUUAAAAUAAAAAAAGAAUUAAAUGAAAAAGAUUAAGGGUAGAAAAUAAAGGGAAAUCAAAAACUAAAAAAGAAAUAGGGAAGAA